AUGCCAGACAAUGGUUCGUGUCAGCAGAAGCCGCCAUAUCGGUUACUUGCACUAAAUGACCGUGAACCUGUUUGGGUCGCUGCCAUUACAACUGAUGGGAAACCCAAGAUAAUUGAUAUAAUUGAUACAACAGGCAGUGGCGAUGUAACUACAUGUACCAUUGUAGAACCUAAAGAUGGGGAAGUUACCGGUCUUUCUGGAAGAACUUUGAAGAUUCCAGCAAACUGGGUAAAUCCUUCAGGCAAAUAUCACAUUGGCAUAAAAAACGGCUAUGAUAUCUAUCCUAAAGCUCUGAAGGAGAGGAUUCAGAAAGAACGCAAGGAAAAGCUCUGGGAUCCUGUUCACAGACUGGCUCUAGCAGAGGCCUGUAGGAAACAAGAAGAAUUUGAUGCUGCUCAUAGCUCUCCCUCCCAGGUAAAUAAGCUAAUAAAGGAAGAACUUCAAAAUCAAGUGGAACUGUUGAAUUCUUUUGAAAAAAAAUAUAGUGAUCCUGGCCCAGUAUAUGAUUGUCUAGUAUGGAAUGACGGUGAGACCUGGAGAGCAUGCGUAGAUACAAGCGAGAGUGGUGACCUAACUAGCUGUACAGUGCUGAGAACCUACAAAGAGGCUCAGGAAUAUGGAUCUUUUGGAACAUCUGAGAUGUUGAAUUACUCUGUUAACAUAUAUGAUGAUGGGAACCUUCUUUCCAUUGUGACAAGUGGAGGAGCUCAUGGAACACAUGUGGCUAGUAUUGCAGCUGGAUACUUUCCAGAAGAACCAGAACGAAAUGGUGUGGCUCCUGGAGCUCAGAUUCUUGCAAUCAAGAUUGGUGAUACAAGACUAAGUACAAUGGAAACUGGCACUGGUCUAAUAAGAGCUAUGAUAGAAGCAAUAAAAUACAAAUGUGAUCUUGUCAACUACAGCUAUGGAGAGGCAACACACUGGCCAAAUUCUGGGAGAAUUUGUGAAGUAAUUAACGAAGCAGUGUGGAAACACAACGUAAUCUAUGUUUCAAGUGCAGGGAAUAAUGGCCCCUGCCUUUCUACAGUAGGAUGUCCUGGUGGAACUACAUCUAGUGUAAUAGGUGUUGGUGCCUAUGUAUCACCUGACAUGAUGGUUGCUGAAUACUCUUUAAGAGAAAAACUGCCAGCAAAUCAAUACACUUGGUCAUCCAGAGGGCCUAGCACUGAUGGAGCCCUUGGAGUAAGUAUCAGUGCCCCAGGAGGUGCUAUCGCUUCCGUUCCAAACUGGACUCUGCGAGGAACACAACUCAUGAACGGCACAUCCAUGUCUUCUCCCAAUGCAUGUGGAGGCAUUGCAUUAGUAUUGUCAGGACUCAAAGCUAAUGAUAUUCAUUACACUGUUCAUUCUGUCAGAAGAGCAUUAGAAAAUACUGCAGUGAAAGCUGAAAACAUAGAAGUAUUUGCACAAGGACAUGGUAUUAUUCAGGUUGAUAAAGCCUAUGACUACCUCAUUCAGAAUUCAUCAUUUGCAAGUAACAUAGGCUUUACGGUUACUGUUGGCAGCAACCGUGGAAUCUACCUCAGAGAUCCUGCCCAGAUAGCUGCACCUUCUGAUCAUGGGGUUGGCAUAGAACCUGUCUUUCCUGAGAAUACAGAAAACACUGAAAGAAUAUCUCUCCAGCUUCAUUUAGCUUUAACUUCAAAUGCACCGUGGGUCCAGUGUCCUAGUCAUUUAGAGCUUAUGAACCAGUGUCGACACAUAAAUAUUCGUGUGGAUCCACGUGGCCUGCGAGAAGGACUACAUUAUACAGAGGUGUGUGGAUAUGAUAUAGCAAUGCCUAAUGCAGGCCCUCUCUUCAGAGUUCCCAUAACUGUUGUUAUACCAACAAGAGUAGAUGAAUCAUCGAGUUAUGACCUGACAUAUACAGAUGUUCAUUUUAAACCUGGUCAAAUCCGAAGGCAUUUCAUUGAUGUUCCACAGGGAGCUACAUGGGCUGAAGUGACAGUGUGUUCAUGUUCAGCUGAUGUGACUGCAAAGUUUGUGCUUCAUGCUGUUCAGCUAGUGAAACAAAAAGCAUACAGAAGUCACGAGUUCUACAAAUUUUCAUCCUUACCAGAAAAAGGAUCGGUGACUGAAGCGUUUCCUGUCUUAGCUGGAAGAACCAUUGAAUUCUGUGUUGCUCGGUGGUGGGCAAGCCUUAGCGAUGUUAGCAUUAAUUACACAAUUUCUUUCCAUGGUGUACUUUGUGCCACUCCUCAGCUAAACAUGCAUGCUUCAGAAGGCAUCGUACGAUUUGAUGUUCAGUCCCUGUUGAAGUAUGAAGAUAUUGCUCCAUGCAUAAAUCUGAAAAGCUGGGUUCAAACGCUCAGACCAGUGAGUGCAAAAAUAAAACCGUUGGGCUCCAGAGAUAUUUUACCAAAUAAUCGUCAACUGUAUGAGAUGAUUUUGACCUAUAACUUCCAUCAGCCGAAGAGUGGAGAAGUGACUCCAAGCUGUCCACUUCUUUGUGAAUUGUUGUACGAAUCUGAAUUUGAUAGUCAGCUUUGGAUUAUUUUUGACCAGAACAAAAGACAAAUGGGUUCAGGAGAUGCCUAUCCACACCAGUAUUCUGUGAAACUGGAAAAAGGAGAUUACACUAUUCGGUUACAAAUUCGUCACGAACAGAACAGUGAGCUGGAUCGCAUCAAAGACCUUCCGUUUAUUGUUUCUCAUAGGUUGUCUAGUACCUUGAGCUUAGAUAUUUAUGAAAACCAUAGCCUUGCUCUCUUAGGGAAGAAGAAAUCCAACAGUUUGACAUUACCACCAAAACACAGUCAGCCGUUCUUUGUUACAUCUCUGCCUGAUGACAAAAUACCUAAAGGAGCAGGACCAGGAUGUUAUCUUGCAGGAGCUCUUACACUGUCUAAAACAGAACUUGGAAAGAAAGCUGGGCAGUCUGCAGCAAAGCGACAAGGAAAAUUUAAAAAG